AUGUUUAGAUUAAACAAGUUAAUUAAAAGCUUUGGUAGUAUUUAAAACUUCACAAAUUGGGAAUAGGAUGUUCUUAAAGCUAGCAAGCCAGUCAUAGUUGACUUUUACGCAACGUAAUUUUAAUGUAUAAUAAUUUAGAUGGUGUGGACCAUGCAAAAGAUUGACUCCAUUAUUAGAGCAAAAAGUAAAAGAUCAUCCAAAUGUUACCUUAAUAAAAAUUGACAUUGAUUAACAUGAAUAAUUAGCAAAUCUCAAUAAUAUCGAAGUAGUACCAACUGUAUUUUUAUUCUAAAAUGGAAAAAAAGUGAAUAAUUUUACAGGAAUGUUGCCACCAGAUCAAUUAAAUAAAUUCUUUGAUCAAAUACCAAAAUAAUGAAUAUUAUAUAUAGAAUAUUAUUU